AUGGCCUCACCGAUAACUGAGGCCUCGGUCCUCGCUGCCUUUGAUGAAAAGGUUCGGGACGGGAUCGUGAUGUACGCCGAAGACAUGGAGAAAAUUUAUCAUGAGGACGGAGGUUUCAAGUUUGAGUUCCGCUUGACGGCCGCGUUGAAGAGUAAACCCGCCGCGGUAGAAGAUAACGCGGAGCUAGACGACGCAGACGACGAAACGAGCCCGCCGUCUCAGACGACCGCAAGCGCAGCCUCGCGCGCUCACAGUCACACCCACGGCAAAGAGAAACACCGUGAUAAGAACAACCGAAUCACCCUCGAUGAAGAAGGGAACCUUCCCGGAGGUGACAUUAGCAUCGCGGGCUUCGAGCUCACGACCAUCAGCGGUGGCGGGGACGAAGAAGCCACACACGUGCUGGCGUUCAACAAGUUCUGCGCGUACAGGCCGCAUCUUCUCCUUUUGACUGCCGACGGGAGGAGGAGGCAGUUUGAGGGGUUGGGUGAGCGGGAUCUAGGGGCUGCGGUGGAGGUUCUGGGGGGGUUGAAUGGACGAUGGGGUGGUGAGGUGAAGGGUGUUGACGGCGGGAAGAAUGGACAAGAGUAUCUGGUCAUCUUCAACUGUGGUAAAGAGGGCGGGUAUAGUCGGUUGCAUAAGCAUAUGCAGGUUAUCCCUGCGCCGGAGGCGAUUCCCAUGUGGCCUGACCUCGUCGACUCCGGGUACGGGACGGAGACGGAAGCGGUCGGCGAUGGGGAGCAGGAGCCGCCGUUCCGAUACUUCAUCCACCGCUUCAGCGGCACAUCACCGCCCUCGACAAAGGACCUCACGGCGAAGUACAGAGACAUGCUCCGCCAGACGACGGAGCUGAUCCCCGGCCGGGAGAAGAUUGUCGAGGAGGACGGGGACGGGAGGGCCGUGGCGGUGCCGCAUAAUGUUAUCCUCGGGCGGCGGUGGAUCGUUGUGGUUCCUAGGGUGAAGGCGGGUGUUGACGGGGCGGAUGUAAAUGCUGUUGGUAUGCUUGGUGUCGUGUGGGCUUCGAGGCCGGAGACGGUGGGGAAGUGGAGGGAGUUGGGGGCGAGGAGGGUGCUUGGGGAGGUUGGCGUUGGGAGAUGA